UUCUGGGUUGCGCAGCCGUGGAGCUACCUCAAGGCGGAACUGGGACGCCCAGGGCUUCGGCAGCCUGAACACCCGGUGUGAAAGGAAGGUGGCAGCCGUGGAGCGAUGCGCAUGCGCAGCAGCUCACUCUGCUGAAGGGCUGAGAGGCGCACCGGGGCCGCCAGCUGGGGUCGGAGCGGAGCGGGGUCAGGAUGGACGAGGACGUGCUGACGACCCUGAAGAUCCUCAUCAUCGGCGAGAGUGGGGUGGGCAAGUCCAGCCUGCUCUUGAGGUUCACAGAUGAUACAUUUGAUCCAGAACUUGCAGCAACAAUAGGUGUUGACUUUAAGGUGAAAACAAUUUCAGUGGAUGGAAAUAAGGCUAAACUUGCAAUAUGGGUUACUUUGCAUCAGCAGACUGCAAACUUUUUCUUAAAGAGCCAGAUAGGAAAUAGUCCAAUCCUGAAGUGGGCCAUGUGGCAAUACGAUACUGCUGGUCAAGAGAGGUUUAGAACAUUAACUCCCAGCUAUUAUAGAGGUGCACAGGGUGUUAUAUUAGUUUAUGAUGUCACAAGAAGAGACACAUUUGUUAAACUGGAUAAUUGGUUAAAUGAAUUGGAAACAUACUGUACAAGAAAUGACAUAGUAAACAUGCUAGUUGGAAAUAAAAUCGAUAAGGAAAAUCGUGAAGUCGAUAGAAAUGAAGGCCUGAAAUUUGCACGAAAGCAUUCCAUGUUAUUUAUAGAGGCAAGUGCAAAAACCUGUGAUGGUGUACAAUGUGCCUUUGAAGAACUUGUUGAAAAGAUCAUUCAGACCCCUGGACUGUGGGAAAGUGAGAACCAGAAUAAAGGAGUCAAACUGUCACACAGGGAAGAAGGCCAAGGAGGAGGAGCCUGUGGUGGUUAUUGUUCUGUGUUAUAAACUCUGGGAAAUUCCAUCUCUUGUGUAUUUGAUCAGAUAGUGACAUCUUUCUGUAUAUAAACUCUUUAACUGCUAUUUUAGGGACCUUGCAGUUUGCACAUAAUUGUUUUAUAUCAUAGCAGUAAAUAUUUGCAAGAAAUCCCACUCAUUGACCCCGGGUAAAAUGUUAUGGUACGCAUGCACAGUUUGCAGUCUACAGUUUUUUUAUGUAGCACAAAAUAGGUGUACCUUUAUAAGUACAUUCAAUUUUAUGAUUUACAUUUAUCAUGUAAUUUUUAAAAAAAAUCCACCUAUCUAGUAUAUGUUGAUACAAAGUCUGCUUUUGCUAUUCUUUUUGCUUAAAUACUCCUAUCAUUUUCUGAAUUACUUGGUAUGUAGAACUCCUAGGCCCACGGAGAAGAAUAGAGGUAUCAUCAAACGUGGCAAAUUUUCUUUCAGGAAUAAUAAAGAGCAUGAUUCCACAGCUUUUCUAGGAUGUUUGAGAUUCUUUUUUAGUACGAAGCAAAAUUCUCAUUACAGAAUGUAGCCCAGGCCAAUUUAUAACUAAAUCUCUAUUUGUUCUGAUGAUGCUUCUAAAACAGCAUUGAUAGGUUAAAGAAGCUUGGUACUUUUAAUUUACUUCAAUGAUUAGCUCAGUUGCUUAACUGGAGUUUUAAUCCUGUGAUAUGUACAUUGGAUUCAUGACUCUGUGCAGCAUUUUUAGUUAUGUGGUGUUUGGCAGAAUGACAAUAAGGUUUUCCCCCAUUUUGGUUUCAGGAGGACAUGAAUAGUGUGUUUAUUGUGACUCCUCGUACUAACCACUUUUAAAACCAACAUCUUUUUUCAUAAAUGUUGGUAGUAUUUGUCCAGGUACCUCAAUUGUAGCUUGUGUAAUGUUGAUGAAUAUCUGUAUCUUAUGGCUUCCAUAAUGGCUAGUUGACGUUGAAAAACCUAUUUCUGUGUUUUGAGGAGUGGGGAAGAAAAACACUGAGUGAAAAUUUGAGAAAGGCAUAUUACUUUCAGAUUCUGAUGUGUGAGGGAAAAUACUGUCACAAUGAAAAUCUUGACAAUUUACUUAACAAGUAACCAAUAGUUCAUCAAAACCAACUUGUACAGACUAAUACAUCUUUUUCAUAGUAUUCAGUUUUCUCACCUCUUGCUAUUGUAUAUUGUAGAUUUUUUUCACUCAUGUGUUAUUUAAUUUACACUGAUCUCUGCUAUUUUAACCCCCCAAAUAAGUUAUUUGUCCUUUAAGGUUGGUUACUAUAAUACCCCUUAGUAAGAUUCCAGUAUUAAUUUCUGGGCAGUUUGUUCUCUGUAUACGAUUGCAAAUGAUAAGCAUUUUUGUGAGUGACCACCUUUGCAAUAUGUUUGUUAAUUUACUUCAUGUUGGGUUCUUUCUGAAAUGUACAUCUUUACGUAUAAAAACCUCACAUUUAUUUGAUUUACACUUCCUAGUCUACAUUACAUGUGGUUGAAGGUUUUAUACAUUCUAUAUGCUUUUACUAAAUAUACAAGAUUUACUACUAGAAAUUUGGAGAAAGAACACUAACACAGGUACUUGUGAUUUGUUCAUGUUAUAUUAAAACUUGAGAUUUGUGUAUUUAUGUAGAGUCUGUAUUGACAAGACUGUUGUUUUUUGCUCCUUGAGCUAUAUAAUCAUCUGUGUAUUGGAUUGUUGUCUUGAUUUGGUCUAAAUUUGAAUAUAUACAAGUUACUUGAAUAUAACAAAAAUGAAUUUUGUUUGAUAGAUUUAUAUUGUAACCUUUUUCUAGUUCUUGAAUAAAUAUAGCCUACCUUCCCUAGAUGCAUUUGUGCAGGAAGUAUAUACAUUUCCCUAUUACUCUCAUCAGCUGAGGAAUAUGUACUAUGGUGUUACUGAUAUUAUGUGGCUUUCAUUUUAUUAUUUUGUUGCACGCUUAGUGUUUUGUAGUGGAGGUUUUGUAAGUGACAACAGUUGUAAUAUCUAAAGUCAGGCACCUAGUAGCAGGGUUUUGUUAAUUCUUUUCAGAAUCAUUGAAGCAGUCUUAAAGGGUCUUUUGCAGAUGGUACAAAUUAGAACAAUUAGAAUGUAGUAUUUUGAGUUCUGGGAGUACUGAGAUUGACCCAAACAAAUAAAGAACUAUUCAAUUUCUGAGUAACAGUUAACAUUUGUUGAAAGCUUCCUUGGUGCCAGGUGCCAUUCUAAGUGCUGAAUUAUCUCAUUAAACCUCACAGCAACCUUAAUAGAUUAUCCUAUUAUGCCCAUUUUAAAGGUGAGGACAACACUAUGUAGGUAUGUUGGGUAACCCCCAAAGAUCACAUAGCUACUUGGUCAUUGAGCUGGAUUCCAGUCAUGGCAUUUUUACGCCUGAGCCCAUACUCUUCACCAUCACUCGUUUUACAAUGGGUGGUUACCAGCUUUUUGUAACACAACUGAGUUAAGGCAGGUCCACUAUUUCUUUAUCACUCUUUUGUUAUAUGUAAUAGAAGUAUUUCAGACUUUUUGGUUAUAGAGUAAAUCCCAUGAUGUAAACCUACCUCAUAAGUCAUGUGACAUAAAAGUUAAGGUAGUGGAGUAGGUGAUCUUAUUUCUUUCAUCUGCUCAGAGUGGAAUGAAAAUCCUGACUUAGAAAAGGUGCAAAGUUAGGGACUUAUGGUACAUUCACUUUCUAUGUGAGAACAGAAAGUAUGGAAACAGUAAUUUGCUCAAAACUGAAAUCUGGGGGUGAUGUUUUCAUUUCAUGUAUUUGAUGGCCAUCCACAAACUCAUACUUGGUGUUGACAUUCUAGUUGAGUGUUGUGGAAAUAGACUUGAUUUUGAUUCAUUGUAGUUUGCAUAGUCAAGAAAUAGACAUGAUUCUCUACUAAGGGUGGGACUAGCACCAUAGCUCAUGAAAGAAUCCUUCUUACACCAGUACUUGUUCUGCCUGUGAGUUGGCACAGACUUACGCAAUAUUCAUAGUCUAUCUUUAAGUACAACUUAAUGCAUAUUUUUUCUGUGUAUUUUUUUCAAAUGAACUCAACAAUUCUUCAUGUAUUACAGAUCAGAGAUCCUCUCCAUAUUCAAGCAUUAUGCUUCUAUUUCUUGGAGGUACAUUUCACCAGUGAUACUUAGGAAGUUAUUUUGUCUUUCCUGUAUUUCCCUAGUUAGGUAUAGGAGUAAAAACAUUAUUCAGUUUUCAGAAGACAUUGUUCUGACUCCGACCCUGCCUUGUAUACUCGACUAUAUAGACUUCACCCUGGGUUUUGCCUAAACUAUUGAAAGACGAGAAUAAAUAGACAUAGAUAGGCUAGCUAAGUCAAGACUAGGGACUAAGGAAUAUAGACUCACCCAGGUUUUUUUUUUUUUUUUUUUUUUUUUUUUGAUUUUUCUCUCCCCAAAUGGGAACAUCUAUCAUGCUGGAGGACUGCUGUGAUGGGGCUUUACAUUUUACUGUUUUGUUGCUAGCUUAUUGUUUCAUAUUUAGGAAUCAGUCAUGUUUCUGAUUGUGGUAUAAAGUUUGCUUAAGUGCCCCAUAGUUAAAGCUAUUCCAUGUACGCAAACACACACACAUAUUUUGAAUAGUCAUGUGAGUGCCUGUUCUCAGUCUUGCCCCCUUUACCAUUUCUCAUACAUAUACAAGUUAUUUAUUGUUUAUUUUUUUCCUCUUUUUUGACCGGAGAAGCAACAAAUUACAUAGUUUUAUUUGUGUUUCUUUGAUUACUAGUGAGCUUGAGUACUUUUAAUAUUUUAUUGGAUAUGUUUGUGACCGACUUUAAUUUCUUGUUCGUGUGUGCUGUGGCUGCCCAAUCCAGCACCUACUUCCUUCUCUCACCAUACCCCCCCCCCAACCCCUGCAAAGAAUCAUGCAUGUGGUUUGGGUGGCAUUGUCACACCCUCGGCUUUCUAGAUUAACCCAGUUACCUUUAAGCAGUGCCCCACUUCCCAGUAGCAAUGGUUCAGGGGUAGGCACCUGACCCAGACCAGACCACUGAGAUAAAGAUGUUUGCCUAGGCUUUUUCAGGAGCUAUUGAAGACAUCUCCUUGGAGAUAGUGUGCUGGGAGGAGUCACAUUCUGAACUUGCUGCAGCUCAUUUUUCUAAUAUAAAGGAACCAGCCUGAGGCAGUACCAAGAGAAUGAGAGGGAGUCUGUUGGAGCCCUUGGGGACUUCUGGAUCAAAUUGGACCUGAAUUGAGAUCUAUUUCUCAACUUUCACUUAUGUGAGCCAAUAAAUUCCUUUUUUGUUGAAGGCAA